AUGAAUGCGAUAAUUCACGAGACCGCCGCUCAGCUUUGGACGGAGGCUGAUCUCGCGUGGAGCGGACACCAGCCGCCCGGCCAGGCGGUCCCGGGAGUGCCGAGGGGAUGGCCGCGGCUCCCGGAGUGCUCGGCCCGGAGAUGCCGGGGGGUUCCCGGGGUGCCGGGGUCGGUGGAACGUUCCCGGGAUCCCCGCGGGUGCCCGCCCCGGGGCCGGAGGUGCCGCCCGCGCCCCGCCCCGCUCGCGGCGGAAGCGCCACGUCAGGGGGGCGGUGCGGGGGCGGCGGGGCCGGGGCCGGCGGCGGUGGCGGGGCCGGGCUCGGUGCGGGUCGCGAUGCCGAGCGCGGUGCGGACGCUGUGCCUGGCCGCGCUGCUGGGCGCGCUGGGGGCCGGCGGCACGGAGCUGACGCUGGAGCUGCCCGACAGCGCCCAGCGCUGCUUCCACCAAGAGCUGGAGAGCGGCGUCAAGUUCACCCUCGACUAUCAGGUGAUCAGCGGAGGGCACUACGAUGUGGACUGCUACGUGGAGGACCCCAACGGCAAGACCAUCUACCAGGAGACCAAGAAGCAGUACGACAGCUUCUCGCACCACACCGAGGCCAAGGGUGUCUACACCUUCUGCUUCAGCAACGAGUUCUCCACCUUCUCCCACAAAAUCGUCUACUUCGACUUCCAGGUGGGCGACGAGCCGCCCAUCCUGCCCGACAUGAACAACCGCGUCACUGCCCUGACACAGCUGGAAUCUGCCUGUGUCACCAUCCACGAGAUGCUGAAGGCGGUGAUCGACUCCCAGACGCACUACCGGCUGCGGGAGGCGCAGGACCGGAGCAGAGCUGAGGAGCUCAACGGGCGCGUCUCUUACUGGUCAGUGGGGGAAACCCUCAUCCUCUUCGUGGUCAGCAUCGGGCAGGUGAUGCUGCUCAAGAGCUUCUUCACUGAGAAGAGACCCAGCAGCGGCGGAGCUGGCACCUAGAGCUGCUGUGCGUGUGCCUGAUGCAGCAGCAGCGGGACGGCGCCGGGGCCGCGCUGCGCCGCCCAUCUGUGCCGUGGGCAGGCGGGGGGCGGGAGCAGGGGUGACACUGCUCAGCUGGGUGACGCAGCCACCCAAGUGCAGCCGUCCCCCGGCGUCACCUCCCGCUUGCCAUCGCCCGGCCUACCCUGUCCCCUCGCCUGGCCACCCUGUCCCCGUUCUCUGGCUGCGCUGGGACGCGGGUGGGACCAGCAGAGCAGAGCGCUGGGGCAGCCUCGUGACUGCCGUGACCACACGCCCCUGCCCCUGAAGCCCUGUGCAGCCACGAGGGGAGGGACAGCGCUGGCCCACCUGGCACCCCCCCAGUGCCCUCGGCCCAAGGAGAGCUGCCCGUGGGCUGGGGGUCUCUGACUGCACCCCAGCUGUGCUGUGGCGGGCAGGGUGCUCCCAGCAGCAGGGCCACAGCAAGGGAAGGCUUUUUGCUGCGUGGUCCUCUGGCUCUAGCAGCUCCUCCCCUCGCAGCAAUUCUCAGGCUGGCAGCAGGUGGUGUGCCCGUACCAGGUGGUGUUUUCAUAUUCACACGAGUCUGUGCCUGGGACUCAGCCCCCUCACACAUUCCCCCCACCCUGUGGACAUAUGCCAAGGAAGCCCCAUCCCUGCCCCAGAAGCACAGAGAGCCCACACACACUUGGGACUGCAGCCCCUCAUUCCCUGGAGCCCCACAAGACCCCUGGAGUGACUGGUGUGCUGGCCCUCCAGCCCUCAAGCAGGUGUGAGAUCAUUUUUCAGAGCUGAAGCAACUCCACUAGACUUUUCCUUCGCCACUUUCAAAUAAAGCCCUGCAAGCAUG